AUGGAGGCGUCUCGUGGCCCUCCGCGGGUCAAGAACAAGGCCGCUGCGCCGAUCCAGAUCUCCGCGGAGCAGUUGCUCCGGGAGGCUGUCGAUCGGCAAGAGCCUGGUCUACAGGCCCCGACACAGCGCUUUGCGGAUCUCGAAGAGCUACACGAGUAUCAGGGUCGGAAGCGAAAGGAAUUCGAGGCCUACGUGCAGCGCAAUCGCAUUAACAUGAACAACUGGAUGCGAUAUGCGGCCUGGGAGCUGGAGCAGAAAGAAUUCCGUCGGGCGCGUUCCAUUUUUGAGCGCGCGCUGGACGUUGACUCUACCGCAGUGGUGCUAUGGAUCCGGUACAUUGAAGCGGAAAUGAAGACUCGGAAUAUCAACCACGCCCGCAACCUUUUCGACCGCGCCGUGACGAUCUUGCCGCGCGUGGACAAGCUCUGGUACAAGUAUGUCUACAUGGAGGAGACGCUGGGCAACAUCCCCGGCACCCGCCAGGUUUUCGAGCGGUGGAUGUCGUGGGAGCCGGAGGAGGGCGCAUGGAGCGCAUACAUCAAAAUGGAGAAGCGCUACAACGAAUUCGACAGAGCGCGGGCGAUUCUGCAACGCUUCACGAUCGUUCACCCCGAACCCCGGAAUUGGAUCAAGUGGGCACGGUUUGAAGAAGAAUACGGGACAAGCGAUCUGGUUCGGGAGGUCUAUGGAGCGGCAAUCGAAACGCUCGGCGAGGAUUUCAUGGACGAGAAGCUCUUCGUAGCAUACGCCAAGUUCGAGGCCAAGCUCAAGGAAUAUGAACGUGCACGCGCGAUCUACAAAUACGCCCUGGACCGCAUGCCAAGAUCCAAGUCAAUGGUCUUGCAUAAGGCAUAUACCACCUUUGAGAAGCAGUUCGGUGAUCGGGAAGGGGUCGAAGACGUGAUCUUGUCCAAACGCCGAGUGCAGUACGAAGAGCAACUGAAGGAGAACCCCCGGAAUUACGAUAUCUGGUUCGAUUUUGCCCGACUUGAGGAGACAGCAGGCAACCCAGAGAGGGUGCGAGACGUAUACGAACGAGCCAUUGCGCAGAUUCCCCCGUCACAGGAGAAGAGACACUGGCGCCGAUACAUCUACCUUUGGAUCUUUUACGCCGUGUGGGAGGAGAUGGAAGCCAAGGAUAUGGAGCGCGCCCGACAAAUCUACCAGGAAUGCCUGAAGCUGAUCCCACACAAGAAGUUCACAUUCGCCAAAAUCUGGCUCAUGAAGGCGCAGUUUGAGAUCCGGCAGAUGGAACUGCAGGCUGCCCGGAAGACCCUGGGCCAGGCCAUCGGGAUGUGUCCGAAGGACAAGCUCUUCCGCGGUUACAUUGACCUGGAGCGCCAACUGUUCGAGUUUGUGCGUUGCCGAACCCUGUACGAGAAGCAGAUUGAAUGGAACCCAUCCAAUAGCCAAUCGUGGAUUCAAUUUGCCGAGCUGGAGCGCGGUCUGGACGACACGGACCGAACGAGGGCGAUCUACGAGCUGGGCAUCGAGCAAGCGACGCUUGACAUGCCGGAGUUGGUCUGGAAGUCCUACAUUGACUUUGAGGAGUACGAGGGCGAGUAUGACCGCGUGCGGGCCCUGUACGAGCGUCUCCUCCAGAAGACGGACCACGUGAAAGUCUGGAUCAACUACGCGCGGUUCGAGAUCAACGUCGACGAAGAAGAGGAGGAGGAGGAAGAGGAAGAGGCACGACCGGUCAGCGAGGAAGCCAAGCGGCGGGCGCGAGCGGUGUUCGAGCGGGCCCACAAGGUGUUCAAGGACAAGGAGCUCAAGGAAGAGGUAUGUUCGCUUCCGAGAAUUGGUGGUGAGGUCGAUGCUAACCCCCCUGUACAGCGCGUGGAGCUGCUCAAUGCCUGGCGGUCGUUCGAGAACACGCAUGGAUCCCCGGAGGACAUCGACAAGAUCGAGAAGCAGAUGCCGCGGCGGGUCAAGAAGCGACGCAAGCUGGAGGACGACCGGUACGAGGAGUACAUGGACUACGUGUUCCCGGCAGACGACCAGUCGGCGGCCAACCUGUCGCGGCUGCUGCAGAAGGCGCACCAGUGGAAGCAGGGCCAGACCUAG